AUGGCUGCUUCUUCUUCUUCCUCCUCCUCGUCCUCCUCCUCGUCCUCUCCGUCCUCCCCCUCCGACCCGGACUACAAGGUCACCACCUCUGACAUCGAGGACGACGCCGCCGGGGUCGAGCCCCCAUCGUCGGACGAGGAAUUCCCCUCCGUCUUCCGCACGCAGGGCCACGUGGACGCGGUGUGCAUGAAGUACGGCAUCCCCAAGGACCAGUACACCGCCCUCCCCGCCGGCGACCUGCGCGCGAGCUCGUCCCCACCGCACGGCGCCGUCUGCGUGUACGCGCACGCGCUGGAGGCCGGGAUGCGCGUCCCUCUUCACCCCUUCUUCGUCGACGCGCUCAACCACUUCGGCCUCGCGCCGACGCAGCUCGCGCCCAACGGGUGGCGCAUCAUGGCGGGAUUCAUUGUGCUCUGCCGCUCCGCUGGCGUGCCGCCGUCCCUCGCGGUGUUCCGGCGCUUCUUCGUGCUGUCCGCCCUCCCCCACAAGCACAAAAGAGGCUGGUACUACUUCCAACCCAGGUCGAAGGGCGGAUCCGGCUUGCGCUUCACGGGGUUGCCGGAGUCCAUCAAGGGUUGGAAGCGCGGGUUCUUCUUCCUCUCUUCGCCGACCGCGUGGCCUUGUCCUGUGGAAUGGGGCAAGCCGUCCAAGAGCUCCCUCGUGGACCCUGUGCUCUCCGCCGAAGAUGAGGCAUCGGCGGCCAAGUUGCUAUCUGCUCAGGGAGCCUCCUCCAUUGAUCUCAGGAAGUAUCUUUGCAUCAGAAAUCUUGCCGAGGCCGGGAUAUCUCCCUUGCCGGCACCGGUACGGGCGCCGCCAUCACCGCAGCUCCCGGCACCGGAGCCGUCGUCACCGCAGCCGCCGCCUUCUUGUACUUGUACUGCUACCGAGUCCAAAGGGAUGGAUCCGGCAGUGUACGGCAUGAUGAAAUCCAUGCUGGCAGUGAAGGCGGCGGUGGCAAGAACAUUGGCAUCGACGAACAAGGUGGAAAUUGAGCCGGGCAGCGACGUGACGAGAUCGCCGCCGUUGCGUGGGAAGAAGAGGAAUCUGGGAGAAGCAGACGGCAGCGACGGCCCACCAUCUGUGCUGCCAGACACUCCGUCUACCGCCGGUGACAGCUCGGCGCCGACCGGAAUUUGUUCCCCGCCCGAGGCCUUCUCCCGGAGCAGCCGGAAGAUUCAGCAUAUUCCCAGCGGACACGACGGCGACAGCACCGACUGGGUGGCCGCGCGGGAGAGGCUGCGGGGCGCCGUCCCGCCGCAGCAGGACCGCGUGUUUGCGGCGACGGAGCCCUCCGACAUCGUCGCGUCCACCUACGUCGCCGUUCUUCAGGCUGCAAACUACGCGUCCUUCUCCUUGGCCUACGCGCUGGAGCUGGAGCAGCGGCUGGACGCGCGGGACGCGGCUGGAGAGGUCGGAGGCCAAGCUCGCCGCGGCGGAGGCGGAGGUGGAGACGGUGAAGGCCGAGCGCGCCGUGCGGCGACGCGCGCAGGACGCGCUGGAUGGUUACGAGCGCUGGCGGGGCGCGAACGCGGGGCAGAGGACGUGAAGCGCGCUGUGCGCUCUAGCUGUCCUCUCUACGCCGUUCGGCAGGUCAGGCGGACGCUUAAUUACCUUGUAGAUUAA